CUCUGUUGGUGGUAUACUAGUUCUUCGACAAUCUUGCCAUUUCCUGUAAUUCGCGUUUCGAAAUCAAUCGCAAGCCUCUGCUCUCUCUUACCCGUACGGAUUAUCACUUCACCAACAGAGUCUAACAGCAUCAUCUUCCGCAGCAAAUCUCAGUUUUCGUCUUCAAUUUUAUGUUUUUGGAUUCUUUCUUGUGUUGAGGUCUGUCCUGGAAAGUUGAGAUUCCAACUUUUGACAGAAGAUUGGUUGUGCAUUUUUAUUUACUACUGAAGUUGAUAGCUUAUGGAGAGCCUGGGAAAUGGAAUUUAUGAUCAUGGAACGGGAGAAAGCUGAUGAAAGCUCUGGUGAAAAUAGUGUGGUAAUGGAGAAUUCAGCUACAAUGAUUGGCCCAAAAGGCAUGAUAAAACAGCAUGAAUUUGUAAGAGUUAUAAUUCAGAGCCUUUAUUCCUUGGGUUACAGAAAGUCCGCUUCUUGUUUGGAAUCAGAAUCCGGGAUUUCAUACAAAUCUGUGGAUUUGGAGUUGCUGGAGUCACAAAUACCUGAAGGAAAUUGGAAUAUAUGCAUUGAUACCCUUAAUGGAAUAAAGGAGUUGGUGGACGAGACACGAGCUUCAGCUUUGUUUCUUGUGUUCAAACAGUGUAUGUUAGAGUGUCUGAGUUGUGGAGAUGACUCUCUGGCACUGGCUGUUUUGCGGAAAAAGGUUCCUGCAUUAUUAGGGAGGGAGAAUAUAUGCAAUCUUGCUUAUAGUCUCCUUAACUUGAAGAAGAAGGACUUGAGUAACUUGGAUGAAAAUUCCAUAUUUGAGCAGCGGAGAAGGUUGUUGACAGAGUUGGAAAAAUUGCUUCCUCCUCCAACUGUGCUGCCGGAGAGAAGGUUGGAACAUCUAGUUGAAACUGCUGUUACAGCUCAAAUUGAUUCAUGUAUGUAUCACAAUUCACAGGAGGAAGUUUCACUUUAUGAGGAUCAUUGCUGUACAAGAGAACAAAUACCCACAGAGACCAUUCAGAUUUUGACUGAGCAUGAGAAUGAAGUGUGGUUCGUACAAUUCUCUAAUAAUGGAGAGUACUUGGCCUCUUCAUCAAGUGAUUGUACGGCCAUCAUAUGGAAGGUAAUGGAAGGCGAGAGGCUAACUUUUAAGCGCACCUUGCGAAGCCACCAAAAUCCAGUGUCCUUUGUGGCUUGGAGCCCUGAUGAUACGAAGUUACUAACAUGUGGAAAUGUGGAAGUUCUCAAGCUGUGGGACGUGGAAACAGGUACAUGCAAGCAUACAUUUGGAGAUCAUGGCUUCAUUGUCAGCUCAUGUGCUUGGUUUCCCGAUUCAAAGCGUCUUGUCUGUGGCAGUUCUGACCCUGAAAAAGGCAUCUGCAUGUAUGACUGUGAUGGGAAUGAGAUAAAAGCAUGGAGGGGCACAAGGAUGCCUAAGGUUUUGGAUCUUGCUGUGACGCCAGAUGGAGAACACCUUAUCAGUGUAUUUUCUGAUAAGGACAUUCGGAUAUUCAACUUGGUAACCAAUGCUGAACGAGUCAUAUCUGAGGAGCACCCAAUCACUUCCCUGUCAGUUUCCAUUAACAGCAAGUUCUUUAUUGUCAAUCUUAAUAGCCAAGAGAUCCAUUUGUGGGAUGUUGCUGGAAAAUGGGAGAAGGCAUUAAGAUAUAAGGGCCACAAACAACACAAGUAUGUCAUACGAUCCUGCUUUGGUGGGUUGAAUAGCUCAUUUAUUGCCAGUGGCAGUGAGAAUUCACAGGUCUAUAUCUGGAAUCGGCGAAACCCAAAGCCAAUAGAGGUUUUAUCUGGCCAUUUAAUGACAGUGAACUGUGUGAGUUGGAACCCUCGAAGGCAUCAAAUGCUAGCAUCAGCAAGUGAUGAUCAUACGAUCCGUAUAUGGGGGCCAAGCCAAUCCAAGAAUAUACAGCAUGAGAAGCUCAUUUGAAGGGGAAAAAAAGAAGAGUAAUGAGCUUUUAAGCCUUGCAUGUAUAGCUUAUGUUCUCAUCAAUUUGUUAUUCUUUAAUAGGCUUUGUAAAGUGGUGACAUACUGUUGUCCCUUCUCAAUUUUGGAGCACGUUAUCCCCUGUAAAUCUCCAUUCCUUCCAGGUGUUUAGCAGCUUUUUAGUUCCACUAGAGGUUUUGAGAAGGUAGGUCAUAAGUCUAAUAAAAAUUGUAGAACAGCUUGGGAUUUGAUAUUGUUGCUUUUACAUGCUAUAAUAUCAAAUGUUUUUUGUUCUAGCA